UAAGUUUCAUGACACGUACGAGCACUGCCACUCAUAACAAAAACAACUGCGAUUGUUUUUACGUAAGAGUUACAUGCCUGCUCAUAGUAAGUAACGUUCAACUCUGCAAAUAUCAUAGAGCGAACUAUGGGUAUCUUUGAAAACUUAAUAUAUACUUGGGUAAUGUUCGUGGUCUUUGUUUUUGAAAUAAGCGAAAAGGUGAAUGGAAGAAACCAUGGAUUAGGUGUCUUUAACAAAUUCAAAUAUACAUGUAUAAUAUGUGGGGUGUUCAUGAGCAAGAAUGUGCAUAGUAAAACAGAGAACAAGACUACUAACAAUAAACCAGUCCUCAAGGAAGAAGUUGUCUCAAUUUAUAAUGAAAACUUCGCUGAGAUACCGAAGGACAGGGAGCCAUAUUAUGUUAAAGUUCAACGAUGUGUCAUCGAAAAAGAUGAAAUUCCUAUAUGUGUAUUUUGUUGGCCCCAACCUAUGACAUUGACAGAAGUCGAGAUUGUCGUUCCUGAUUUAAAAAACUACACAAAAUUUUACAAAUAUAUUGUAUAUAAUCACACUUCUUGUUACAUGAGUACAAACUUAACAGCCUUGAACUUUGAUCAACACAAGAAUCUAUCUUCAAACGAAAUUAACGAAACAGAAUUUACAACAAAAGUAAAAUACAAUCCACCAAACGUGAGAAAUGUAAUACUAUUGCAAGCAUCCACAACCUCGUUUUCAUCUGCACAGUGAAUAUAUAAAGGUUCUUUUACAUUAUCUCUUUAUCCCAUUCACUCAAUGCUUGCCUGGUUGCAAAGCAACAGAGAAAAUGAAGAUUGUCAAUACAAAUAGCAUAGAUGGUUCAAUCCAAUUUCAAGUCGUCAGGGAACAUAUAUCUUGCCAUCUCUGGAGCACAACACAACAGUCCCAAUAAUUCAGCAUUUUGGAAGUGGAGAAGAAAGUAUACGAAUUUGUGCAGUGAACAUAAAGAUCAAGUAAUUUAGUUGGUGUUAUUGUUUAAUGCAGGAUGGAAAUAAUAGAAAUUCACAAAAAGUUUAUAAGUAUAAAAAAUAAAUCAAUGUUUCAAUAAAGGUUUCAAAAUUAAA